AUGGGUUGUGUGGUGUAUUCUCAGCAAGCCGGCUCGCGUACUGCGGUUCUCCGCAAUUUAGGGCAAUGUCUGUUGAGUCAAAAAGUAAAUUUACGAAUAUUGAGAUUAAAGAUUUUCGUCAAUAUUUGAGAGAGAAACCAGCAGACAUCCUUGAGAAGUUAUACAAUUAUUCAUCAAUAUGUUUAGCGGUAUACAGGGAAUUGCCGGAGAUCGCGAGACAAUUUGUAAUACGUAUCCUCUUCGUGGAGCAGCCAGUGCCUCAAGCUGUCGUUGCAUCUUGGGGGUCCAAGCACUAUGCCAAGGAGCAAUCAAAUGCCUGCACAGUUCUCUCUGAAUUAAAUGUGUGGCGACCAGCAGCAAUCCCGGGUGGGUUACCCGCAUGGGAACUCAGCCCUACAUUCAAGAAGAACCUGAAGAUUGCCCUGCUCGGUGGAGGGCGACCAUGGUCAAUGACAUCCUUCAUGGACGGCGAUACAAAACCUAGGGAAAUAUCGUUUCUUGAUAAUUACGCGAAGUCACGGUGGAGUUGUGUGCUUCACUACAUGGUAGGGGCAAGUGCUACGAAUCCAGAAGGUGAAGGUAUCAGCCCCGAUGCAGUUCGGAUAUUGCUUCACGCAAACUUAAUGAAACGUGACGAUAGCGAUGGAAGCGUAGCGAUAACUCGGCAGGGAUUUCAGUUCUUGCUUCUUAGUACACAAGCCCAGGUGUGGCAUUUCAUGCUUCAGUAUUUGGAUACCUGCGAACAGAGAGGCCUGAACCUUGCGGAGUGCCUAUCACUUCUCUUUCAAAUAAGUUUUUCAACUCUUGGUCGAGAUUAUAGUUCAGAAGGAAUGAGUCAAGGAAUGUUAACAUUCUUACAACACUUACGUGAAUUUGGCCUUGUGUACCAACGACGUAGAAAGGAGUGUCGUUUUUAUCCUACACGAUUAGCUUUGAAUAUAUCCAAUUUGAAUUCGUCAAGUAGAAACCUUGGAACUGAUGAAGACAACGCGAAAGAGCGGGGCUAUAUUGUCGUGGAAACAAAUUACAGAAUUUACGCUUAUACAGAAUCAACCCUUCAAACGGCUUUACUGACCAUUUUCGCAGACAUUCUUUAUCGGUUUCCCAAUUUGGUAGUAGCCGUUCUGACACGUGAGUCCGUCCGACAAGCAUUCCGGGGCGGCAUAACUGCGAAUCAAAUCAUCAAGUAUCUCGAGCAAUAUGCUCAUCCUGAUAUGUACACGGAAACGGCAAUUGUAUCGAAAUCUCCUCUUCCGCCAACCAUUGUUGAUCAAAUCAAGUUAUGGGAGAAUGAACGCAAUCGUUUCACCUACACUGAGGGCGUUGUUUAUAAUCAAUUUUUAUCACAAGCCGAUUUUAUUACGCUUCGCGACUAUGCACAAUCUAUCAACGUCCUUGUAUGGCAGAAUGAACGGUCUCGCACGAUGGUGGUCACGAAAAAUGGGCAUGAGGAUGUGAAGAAAUUUUGGAAGCGAUAUUCAAAGAGUGGAUCCUGAAUUUUAGGAAAUAAAGUGUUAAGAAUUAAAGUGUG